UAAGAACAAGCCAGGACGUGGGUCCAUGCACGCAUUGGAAGUCACAAUUAAAAACCCAUUUUGAAGAUGAAAAUCGACAACGGCACGGACAGAUACAUUGCACGCACUGGAAGUCACAAUUAAAAACCCAUUUUGAAGAUGAAAAUCGACAACGGCACGGACAGAUACAUAUGUAUGUGGCCAGGACCAGCUCAUACAUAUCCGUUUACAAAUCACGGACUUCUUCUCCACCACUUGCCAUAUAUGUGUCCCUCAGUUAUAAACAUCCUCACUGGCAAGUUCAAAUCAAAUCCUACUAUAACCUCUGAGUCGCCAUGGAAUCUUUGACGACAGCCAUGUCGACACAGAAACUUCAUCAGCUUCACUUUGUUUUGAUACCUUUAAUGGCCCCAGGUCAUCUUCUUCCCAUGGUAGACUUGGCUAGACUUUUGGCUCGGCGAAAUGUGAAGGUCACCAUAAUGACCACACCAUUAAAUGCUGCUCGAGUUCGGGCAAAUAUUGAUAGGGAGAUCCAGUCUGGUUCAUCAAUCACUGUUCAACAUUUUCGAUUCCCAAAUGCUGAGGCUGGUUUACCAGAGGGGUGUGAGAGCAUAGACACUUUACCUUCCAUGGAUCUUCUGCUCAACUUUGCGAAAGCUAUGUGUUUGUUGCAGGAACCAGUUGAAGAAGUCUUUGAAAAGCUUAUUAGUCCCUCCCCAACCUGCGUAAUACAUGACAAAUACCUUCCAUUUGUAGCUGAUAUUGCUAAAAAGCUCCAAGUUCCAAGAAUAACAUUCGAUGGAACUAGCUGUUUCACUCUGUUAUGUGACAACAGUCUGUAUGAUUCUGAAGUCUAUGAGAACUUGUCCGAAUCAGAACCAUUCGUUGUGCCUGGAUUGCCCCAUAGAAUAGUGUUUAAGAAAUCUCAACUUCCCGAGUGGUUUACACUUAACAGAGGCCAAGACGUCAGUGUUUUGCGUGAGAAAACAAGGAAAAGUGAAGAAGAAGCAUAUGGGGUGAUAGUGAAUAGCUUUGAAGAGUUCGAAGAAGAAUACGUGAAGGAGUAUAGAAGAGUCACAGGCAGAAAGGUUUGGUGUGUUGGUCCAGUCUCACUCUCAAACAAGGACGACUUGGAUAAGACUCAAAGAGGCAAACCGGACUCAAACGAAAAAGAAGAAGAAGAAGAAGGCCAAUACUUGAAGUGGCUUGAUUCAUGGCCUGCAAGAUCUGUCAUCUAUGUCUGCCUUGGAACCUUAAACUUUGUACCACCAGAGCAAUUGAUGGAGCUAGGUUUGGGACUGGAAGCUACAAAGAGGCCAUUCAUUUGGGUACUGAGAGACUCAUACAAAAGAGAAGAAAUGGACAAAUUACUGAAGGAAGAUGGAUUAGAAGAGAGAGUGAAAGGAAGAGGACUCAUAAUAAGAGGUUGGGUGCCUCAAGUUCUGAUACUGUCACACACAGCAAUAGGAUCAUUCUUAACACACUGUGGAUGGAACUCAACACUUGAAGGGAUCAGUAAUGGACUGCCACUAAUAACAUUUCCUCUAUCUUCUGAUCAAUUUUAUAAUGAGAAGGUGAUUGUUCAGUUGUUGGAGAUAGGUGCGAGGGUGGGAGCUGAGAUUGCUGUACAUCUAGGGGAGGAAGACAAGUAUGGGGUUCAGGUGAAGAGGGAGAAAGUGAAGGAGGCAAUAGAGAAAGUAAUGGGUGAAGAAGAUGAGGAAAGUGAAAGGAUAAGAGAAAGAGCAAGGAAUUAUGCGGAGAAGGCAAACAGAACACUGCAGAAAGGCGGAUCUUCUUACCUUAACUUGUCACUGCUGAUUGAAGACAUAAUACAAUGUAUGAUGGAAUAAAAGAAUUAAACUAUUUUUGAAGUAGCGAAAUCAAUCAUUUACAUUUUAUUAGUUUAUGUUUCUUUACUUUAUUUACCAAGUUAUAAGCUAUUGUACAUCAGAAAAUCAGUGUUUAUGAAUGCAAUAUUUUGACGUCCAUGAUAUAUAUUUGUGGAUCAGGAUUGAAAAGUCUAAUGGUAGUUUA